AUGUACAAACCACAUGUUCAUCCAAAUUCGAAGGGCUUCGCAGGGGAGACUCACCCAAACGAUUGGAAUGAACGCAUCUCAUGCGCCAUGAUCGCCUACCGCGCCACCGAAAAUUCUUCAACCGGAUACACCCCAUUGUUUGUGCUCACCGGGCCCCAUUUUCGAUUACAAGAAGACUCACGUAUGCCAGCUAUUAUGCCCACAGAAUACACCCGGGAACUUCUCCGGUUUACCUAUAACAUCGCACGCGAACGCUCAAAUGCUGAGGCCGAGAGACAAAAGAACUAUUUCGAUAGACAGGUCAACGGCAUUCCCUAUCAAUUGGAUGAUUUAUUAUGGCGUUACCAGCCGAUUCGACGCUUGAGUACUUCAGCCAAGUUCUACUGUCCUUGGGAAGGCUCAUAUGCUGUCCUGGACGUCCAACACCCCACCACCUAUGACCUUCGCAACGAAUCCUUGCAAGAGAGCCCACCAUUCACCACUAUCUAUAAGCACAGCCACGGACUUGACACUCCCUAUCAUCCCCCAAACUUAGUAGCCCUACACACUCGAGAGGAAAGAAUAGAAACCCGCGGACAGGGCUCGUGCUGGAAAAAGCAGUAUGUAAAGGCGUCAGUUCUGAAUCUGGUGUGUAUGACUAAGCAGGGAGCUCCAUAA